AUGGCGAAAGUACCCGCUAAGGAGGCUAUCCGUGUAUCUUCCCUUCCGGAAGGCAGAACAAGCUUGAGUNNNNCGGAAAAGGUAGACUGGGAGAACGACGUGGUAGUAGCGCAGCAGGAGGUGAGCGCAUCGGCCACGAAGAAGGUGCCGGGCGGUCGAAAGGUGACACGGGUAGAGCAGGCUUGA